UAGAAACGCUGCUUUUGAUUAGAUUACAUUUAUAAAACGUGCGGACACGCACCGGCACCAGCCGCGUUUGAUAAAGCCCGCUGUUAUAGUGUUUACAUUAGCGGAUUUGAUUAGUUGUCGCUAGCAAUUAAUUGUACACCAUCGCGGUUAAUUUUUGUAAAGCGUUAUGUGUUGAGGAGGAAAUGCACGUGGGACCGGCGUUCUGUGCGGGCUGCAGUGGGGCCAUUUUGGACCGGUAUUUUUUGAGUACGGCCGCCGCGGCAACGGCCCCGCAGAGGGAUGGUCCAGCGCAGCCGACACAGGUCUGGCAUUGUCAGUGUCUGAAGUGUGCGUUGUGCGGGGUGAAUCUGGAUGCCGGGCGGGAGGAGCAUGACGGGGAGAAUGGCGGUGCGGAACAGCGGACGGUGUGUUUUUAUAAGGAUGGACAGCUGUUGUGCCGGGAUGAUUAUUUACGGCGCUACCGGGAAGCGCAGUGCCGGUGCUGCACUAUAUGCCAGCGCGCGAUCUCCAGCAACGAACUGGUGAUGAAGAUCCGCGACGGGAAAUGGGUGUACCACUUGGACUGCUUCCGCUGCGGUGUGUGCGGGCAGUUACUGCGCACCGGUGACCAGUUUGUGCUGCGGGAGGACGGCCACGUGGUGUGUCGGCUGCACCACCAUCUCAGCCACCAUCCCAGUCCGGGGCACGUCCAUCCCGCGCAACCGUUGCAGCAUCAACCGGUGCCGGUCAUCCAUUACGCCGACAGCACCGCCGAUCUGUCGCAUGCUCCACUGGAGCACUACGCGGCCCAUCUCGCCAUGCAACGCGCAGAUCCGCUCGAUCUGCAGGUUUUGCGGGAAAUGGCCAUCAGUCGCGCCGUUCCCAUGCACGACGCCAUCCACUCCCCGAAGCCGACGUACAUGAGUCUGGGUGAGCCGGAAUCCAAGGCCGCCGAUUCCACCGCGUACCAUCUGCCGGAGAAGAAGCGCACUCGCAACCGCGCCGCUCCCGGUCGGCGUCGACGCAGCAGCGCCGCGUCCCAUUUCGACAUGCUCACCGAGGCCGACCACCCGCCACAGGUGGCCACUCACGUGCAGCCGCCUUUCGUCACGCGGGAUGUGCGUCGGCCGCGCCGCAGCUCUUCCGUGGCCAGUUCAGGUUCCACGGAACUGUCGCCGCCGUGCGGUGAGGACGACGCCGAUUGCAGUCCGCCGGCUAUGAAUCUCGGCUAUCUGCGCAACGGGAUGGCGCUGCCGGGUAUGCAGCGUUCGCACUCAGCACAGCGCGACUCCUCCUCGCCUAAUAGCACUACCGGCGGUCCGCAGUCCGUUGGGACGGGACAGCGCACCAAGCGCAUGCGUACCUCUUUCAAGCACCAGCAGUUGCGGACGAUGAAACAGUACUUCGGGAUCAACCACAAUCCCGAUGCCAAGGAUUUGAAACAGCUGGCGCAGAAGACCGGUCUCACGAAACGCGUCUUACAGGUGUGGUUUCAAAAUGCGCGCGCCAAAUACCGGCGCAGUCUGUUGAAGCAGGACGGCGGGAGCGGCGGUUCGACCGCCCUGACUAACGGGUGUCCGGGCGACGAGAGUCCGCACGCCCACUCGGAAGGGGGUACCCUGCCCAGUCUUAGCCCGGACUCGUUGAUGCACGCUGAUCAUCCAGGUUCCCCGGGAUCUGGCUCCAUGAUGACUGCCGGCGACCUCGGACGCUAUCAGCCGGCGGCCGUUGCCAAGGCAGGCGUACACUACUAUUAGGUUGCUGGUUGCGCUCGGGUUGUUUAAUUUCCGCGGUAUACUGCAUGUGUCCUGUACAGGUGGCGCGUUUGUCUGGAUUACACUUUAAUACUUGUCAAAGCAAUAUUCUGUUUUUGUGGCUGUAUCUACAAUCGCUGGCUUUUUGUGUUCGAUCCUGCUGUUGUUCCCGGUGGUCAGAUAUAACUUUAAAAUGUGAUGCUGAACAAUAAUACAACCGCAAUGGAAUUU